AUGGACCGCACACCUCGCAAAGUGUGCUUUGUGACUAUCGGGGCCACUGCUCCGUUUGAUACCCUGCUUUCGAACGUCUUGGAUCAGCCGUUCCUGGAAGCCCUCGGCAAGAAUGAAUAUACUACGCUUCUGAUCCAGUACGGCAAAGAGGGCCGCGUCGUUUUCGACGACUACAUCGCCAAGUUCCCCUCGGGAAAGCCAGAACGCUACGGAUUGGAUAUCCAGGGGUUUGAUUUCAAAAAGGACGGGUUGCUUCCAGAAAUGCGCUCGACCAAGUCUGAUUACAAGCUGGAUACCGUGGAAGGAAUGAUUCUCAGCCAUGCAGGCUCGGGAUCCAUCAUGGAAGCGCUCAGACUCGGUGUUCCUUUGGUCGUUGUACCAAACCCGGACCUACAGGACAACCAUCAAGAAGAACUAGCUCGUGAAAUUGAGAAAAACGGCUGGGCCGUGACGGGCAAGCUAGACUCCCUAGCGGAUUCCGUUCACAAAGCCGAAGUUCUUCGCACUGCUUCACGACAAUGGCCGCCAGUGAAUAGCGGCGAGUCAAAGUACCAGAGUGGUCUGGCUGGCGUCAUGGCAGACGAGAUGGGGUUUGUGGACUAG